CUUGGGCUCAGAGUCUCCAUCAGCCGUCGCCGCCGUCGCCGCCGCCCGCCGCCCGCCCGCUCGCCUCUGGCCUAUCUCCUUACCAUUGCCCACUACCGCUGCUGUUGCCAUUUUAUUAUUGCUGCUAUUGCUUCUUCUGCUGCCAGCACUAGUAGUGCCGAUUCUGUACUAAUAACGGUGCCUACAUCAUCGCCACUACCAGCACUGGCUCUGACACCAGCACCAGCACCAGCAGCAACAUUCCGUCACACACGCUGCUACUCAUACUGGCAAUUGAUCACUGACAGUCGUCAACCACCUGCGUCGAAGUCGCUUCCACCAUCGGUUUUGCCAUUGUGCAUCUUCCACUCUCAUUACUGCUCGUUCAGCAGCUCGAUAUUGAUCGCCAUAAUCGUUCUUUCCACGACUCGAAAGGUUUCUCGGGACCCUCAUCCGUCGCACGGCACCCGUCAUCGUACGUCUGGCCUGUCGAGAACCUGUCAAAUCUUCCACCCUUCCGAAGUGCUUGCGACCGAGACGGCGCGUUGGCGUUUUCCCCUCCGCAACCCUAUCUCCAGACCAAAACAUCACUCAUUCAGACCGCCGGGGCCUUUCGACAGCCUGCGCUUUCUCGUCGUCACCUAGAGACACUUUGACCUGCGCUACGCUUAUCGUGGUUGAUGUCUCCCACAGAGUCUCGUGAUUGUCCAAUCCGACUGCGUCCCUUUCCUUGAUCGCAGCGUCCUUCAGCACUGGACAUUCGGUCCACUGUUGUUGGAACCAGGAUGGGAUUUUGGCCAUUUGGCGGAGGCAAAAAGCGCCGCACAAGUCAAGCUGAAGACCAAAGCCAGCAGACACUCUUUGAAAAACACCGGAAAGACAUCGGGACGCGGUUCAGAUCCAGUGGUUCUGGGGAAUUGGAGGCCAUGGCACGCCAUCGAAGCAAACGCGGACAAGAUGAAAAGCCUCGCAGACUCUCAAAGCAGCAAAGAGUCGCGAGUCAGCCAGCGAACUUUUCUCCCUCUCGGAUGACGCCUGUUAAUGGAUCCAGGUCAGAAUCGCGGAACAUGAGAAGGGAUUCGGCGGCAGAAGCAAGCGGUCACCGUAUCUAUUCGCAAACUCCUGUGUCCCACUCAAGCAUUGGACCUGAAGACUUUACAGCUCUUCCAGAAGCCCCGACUCUGUUGGCAAAGCGUAAAGGCUAUGAUCCCAGUUUACAGCGAAGGAAGUCAAGUAAGAGGAAAGCAGAAGACUACGCUCGGGAAAGAGAAAUUCGUGCGAUGAGUUCACCAGACCCCGGUUUGAGGCGUCCAGUCACGUACUCUGGCUCCGGUCCCCUGCGCCGCGAUACCAAGCAGGUGCCUGGGCAUUUCAAUCGUCGCCUCCAACGACCCGCCUCGGAAGUUUCAUUGCCCCUUCCAGAAACGAUUCAGGAGUCCGAGGAUAUGACCAAUCAAGCUUCAUUCAAGAUUGGCAUCUUAGCAGCAUUAAGUCCCCGCCCUACCCUCACAUACGUCGCCAACCCAAGGCACUCGACGGGCAAGCAACCCGCGCGACCAAAACCAUCAAUACAGCAAGCGAUAGACGAAGAAGAUGUUUCGUCGAAGAAGAGGAUUGACGAGCUUGCGGACGAGCUUGAUGCUGGAGGUCUGAGAGAGCUCAUGGAAAGGGAUCGGAGACGGCACGAGAGGAAAACAGCGGCCGAGAGAGAUCGUCUGCAUAAGAAGCUUCAACGCAAGGCUGAAAGACAGCGAGAAGAAGAGCUCCGUGCAUUGCGGAGUGAUGAGCCUGCUGCAGGCUCUGGGCGAGCAGGGGCCGAAGGCGAUGAAGGCGCCGAGAGACGUGGUCGGAGGACGACGCCCAGUCCCCAGACGGAUGCUGUUAACCCUUUCGCCGACCCAGACACCUCGCAACGCAGGCCGGUGCAGCCCAUCCGAAAUCCCUUUGAAGAUGAGAAAGAUAUCGAUGAGAAAGACAUUGACAUCAUGCGGGAUUCGUUUGCUCUUGAAGAGGACGAGGGACCACCGGUGCCGGUGAGGUCACCUUUGCGCACGGUGUCCCCGGUGGAGAUUCCAAGUGAGCAGAAGCCACUCCAGGCAACGACGAUAUCUCCGCCCAGGUCGCCGAUACAGCGUCCGGUCGACCGUCAGAGCAUGUCGCAGGCGUCGGGCCUGGCGCGUGAGAUCACCCCAGACAUUCCUGAAAACACCCAACCAUACCGACGUGCUUCGGAUCAAAGUAGUCAACAGUUAAGUUCAUGGACGAGCUUUUUCAAGCGAGGUGGUCGACGGAAAGCUAGCACCACCGAUCGUGGUAGGAGCACACCAUCCGAGUUUUCCAACACUUCCCGAGAAUCUUUCGCGCGGAAGCAACAACCUCCACCAGUUGUUGUCCCCCGUACGUUUCGGAAAUCCGAUUCCUCGGGCGUCCCCCAGCGGACCAUGUCGAAGUUCCGUGAAGACUUGCCAGACUUUCCUAUCUCGCCUCCCGAUUCUCGCGUGCAGUCACCUGAGGCUACAAAUGCUCUCCAGACCAGCUCAGGGCAGCAAUUGAGCAACCUCGACACUAACUCGAGCAACCCCGCCCUUAACAAAUCCGCAGCCGAAAGACGACCUGGGCAUCCCAUGGACAUUGACAGUGCCGGAAUAGCACUGUCAGGUGUAGCAUUAUCCCAAUCCCUUGCAUCGGUCGAUUCAGAGGGGUCCUGGCUAUCAGGAAAACCAGUAAAAGGGGUGUCCGGUGGAUCGAGCAACCCGACAAGGCACAGCCAGUCAUCUCUUCUACCUCAGACCAUGCCUGGCGCAUUUGAGACGGAGGAAGUGGGGCUUGCCGAUGAUGAUUAUCUGAAUCGGCUCACCCCAGGACCAACCCGACGGCGCGAUUCGGAUAAUUCGAUAAGUCGAAAAGCAAGCAGCACGGUGAUUGAUCUUGAGAGGGAGAGGCACCAGAGCCCCGUGCCAGAAAUGCCUCCUGUCCCCGCGCUGCAGACAGGCGAGGAGAAAUGGCAUGAGGGUCUUGGACGGCAGGCCACCGUGAUUCGCCAGCCCAACCGGACCAAAUCAACAGAGGGCAUAUUGAGGGUACUUGGGACCGACACUCGCGAAGGAUCCCGCCGGUCUAGUUUAGAAGGACAGGCGGAGGGGGAUGAAGAGGUUGGAGAUUCGCCCGCGACGGAGGCCGACAAGGCGGAAUUGCAAGAAGCUCCGAUUUUAAGAGCACGAAGUGUGGAAUACAAGGGACAUGCCAGGCAUAUCAGCGCAGGAAGUGCGAGGCUACUGGAUAUUCGGCGGUCGUCAAUGCAGUCGGAUGCUGCUCCUCGAAGUCCAAGUCUUCCGCAAACAGUCACGUCUGUGCAACCAGCACAGUGACCGGUUGCGGAAGAAGGAGACUAACCGGGAUCUCGAAGGCACCUCGCCUUUUUCUUUUGUCUUUCAUCUGUUUCCCUAACAGCGAGAUCUGGUAUACACGAAACACUAUGGCGAAUUGGCACAAACACCGACGAUAUUGAUGACAAGACAAAUACCCCCACCUCACUCUUUACAGCAGCACUGAGAAUAUCCCAUUUGUGGUAGGGCUAUCGAUCUGAAUCCUGCGUUAGUAGUUGCUUGGAAGCUGAAUGUACGAUGGAGGACUGAACUACGACGGAAGCGUUGAUUUGAAGCCCAAAAUUUUUGAAACUACACAGAGGUAGUGGAUUUGCCAUCGAUUGUCUGCCGACCAAAUCAUUUGGCAUGAGGAGCUGGAAUGAGACAUGUACUACAAUUACCACCAAAAUAGGAGAAGGCGUGAGAACUUGAAGACAGCAACAACUAUGGACACAUGUGUUCGCGAUGCAAACAUGGGCCUCGAUGGCCGACCAAGACGGAGUCAUUUCCUUCUGUACGUCGAACAAGUUGCGCAGCUGUGACACAUCUAUAUAGAAUAGUCAUUGCUGACGGCUUGUUCACGUUGUUGUAAUUAAAUUGUUCGAGUUCUGGGCUGCAAGCUGGUCUUCCGGCCGACUCGAUUACUCAGCGUGUGGAGAUAAUGCACGAUUAAAGCGGCCACGCUAUAUUGCCCGAUAUAUUAG